AUGGCCACCGUGAAUGGCGGCCACGCGAGUAACAGCUACAUCUCGCCAGACUCGGAUGGCAUGCAGACCGAGAAUGAGACCGAGAAUGGUGAUUUGCUGCAUGGUGAGGGAUCAGCCAGCUCACUUGGAAGCAGCGCCGCCUCUUCCGUCUUCACGCACAGCUCACACGCAUUCACCAACAAUAACAGAAAGACUUCCGCCGGCAACGGCCUCACUCCUCUCACCAACCACACAGAAUCUUCGCCGCCCAAAGGCAACAGCCCACCACACUCGAAGAACACCACAGCUAUGGCCUCCGUGGAUGGCAUCCUUGCCGCCUCGCACACGUCUGCCGCACAUAUGACCUCGCAACCUACCCAACAGCCUCCACCACGCCCACAAAUGCUCCCGCCACCGGGCAAAGUGAAAGGGUACAGAGCGGUUUGGGAUCCGGAAUUGGACGGCAAGCUCAGCAAAGAAGAGCGCAAACGGGCCAUACCAAAGAAAAGAGAAUUUGGCACAGAGGUACGCCACACGUUUAAUAUUCUGCUGAGCUUGCGCAACAUGAUACACAUAACUUGAAGUGAUGAUGAUGAAAAUGAUGAGACCGCUCUGUACCCUUUCGCUGACACUUGGAUAAUGGCAGACAUAUGAACCGGAUCCUCCACCAGAUCCGCGAUUGGCAAUUCCUGGAUACAUGUCAGGUCAGUGUAGGUCGAGACACAUGCCGAGCAAGGCCAUCCUUCGUAUCGCACCGUACACGGUUCCGCCAUAUAAGAUCGACAGAAAUUCAAUUGGGCCGGGUGAAGCGCAAGCUGUGGUGGCAAUAGGAUUCGAUCCUUUCUUGCCGGAACCCACGCUGAGACUCAAUUUUGGAACUUUCGGCACUAUUGCAUCUGUUCAGAAUAAGACCGAUCCAGAGACGGGCAGCUUCCUCGGCAUUGCCUUGAUUAAGUAUCGAGACGCUGUUAGGGAUGGCCUCGAGGUCACGGCGGUCGAGGCCGCGAAGAGAGCAGAGGUCGAGUUCAACGGUCAGCGCAUUGGUGUCCACACUGUGAGAGUUGAACUUGAUCGGGAAGGGCGGCGGUGCAAGCGUUAUGUGGAUCAGGCGCUGAAGAAACUAAGGGACGAGCGAGUCAAGGAUCAAAUCGCUGCUGCACCGCCUGCUCCAGCAGAAAUGAAGUCUGCAAAGGAUUCCCCCGCUCCUCCGCCGAAUGCACCAAAAGGUCCGUCCAGCAAAUCAGCGCCAAAGCCGCCCAUAGGUCCACGGGGUUCGGAGACUCCAAUGCCCACGACCAAAACCGGAGCUGCAGCUCUUAUCGAGGACGAGCCAAUUCUCAGCAAGAUCAAGCGCAAACCGUAUAUCCACAUCCCUCACAAGUCUGUUCCUGUGCUGGGCACGACAAUUCCUCACCUCAAGAAGCGACUAAAGGCCUACGACUGGCGUGAAGUUCGACUGGAUCGGACAGGAUACUAUGUCGUCUUUGACGACUCAAAACGCGGGGAGGACGAGACUGAGCGGUGCUACAAUGAGUGCAAUAAUCAGGCCUUGUUCACGUACAAGAUGGGGAUGGAGUGCCAGAAGUAUGGCAACCCGAACUAUGAGCGAAGCCCGAGUCCAGAGCGUGUUGUGCAGGAGAAGCGCAAGCGAGAAGAGAUUGAACGGCUGCAACAAGAAGAAGCCGCAGACCUGGAGAUCGAGAAGAAGAACCGAGCCGAGAACUUGGAUCCCGUUCAGGGCGCUCUUGAACAGCUGCGCGCGGAAUUGCUUGACAAAGUGAUGGGAGACGUCAAGACCAGAGUAGCGAUUCCCAUCUUCCACGACAGCUUGGAGCCUGCGAAGCAUGUCGCAAAGCGGAGGAAGCUCGGCCUUCCAGACCCCUCGGAGAUGGAGAACAAAGCGCCUGCUUUGCUCUUCAACAAAGCAGGGGAAGCGUUACCCGAUACUCACAAGUUUCGUCGUGGUCAUCCUUUGCAUUCGAAGCCUCUACGACCUCACGAUCCAAACUCACAGCGUGGCAGGAAAGGAGAGAAGGGCCCCACGAAUGCCUUCGUCGACGAGAGGAGGCGCAAGCCCGCGCCGCGGCCGUCGCAUGCUCGAGGCCUGCACUUCCGGUUACAGCAGAUGUAUGCUGAAGAAGAGGAGGACUCUGACGAUGAGCGCCAUACAUCUAUUACGCGGGAUACGGAGGAUCAGGAAAGUCGGCCACUCAGCCGUGCGAGUCGCAACUCUACGCCAUUCGAGUCGGAAUCGGUCACAGAUACGCCCAAGCACAAGCGGAGAAAGAUUGCGGACUGGGACGAAGACGAUGAUGAGGUCUUCGACGCUUUCCACAAGGAGAUGCUCGGUCACCUCUUGCAUAAGGCGCCUGAGGACCUUGCAACUCGCGAGCUAGAACUCAUCUGCCAGACACUUCCCCGGACUUCCAAGUUCGAGAACCGGGCGCGAACAGAGCUCAUGCUUCGCCAACGAUCGAAGGCCGACGAUGAUUUGUUCCAAAUCGAGAGCGUGGCUAAGAAGGGUCACGUCCCGGAAGACUUCAUUGUUUCCAGCAAGGAGGAGAGCACAACUGCCGACAACGAAGCGAAAGCUGCCAAAGAAAAGGCAAAGAAGAAACGUAAGACUAAAAAGGAGCUCCUGGCCGAGCAGGAGGCUCUCAAAGCAGAAGCGAAGAAGGCUAAAGCGACGAGCAAGCCAGUCGCCGAAGAAACCGUCAAGCAGAUCGAGCAGAAGGAACUUGAGCUUGAAGCAGUGGAAGAAGAGUCCGACAGAGACGUGGAUCUGCAUCUUACCUACGACAAACCCCGUCGCACCGUCGAAGAAGACCGUGCGGUGGUUCUUGACAUCGACGGCUGGCAACAGUUCGUUAAGGACGAUGAAGAUUUGGCAUUUGCCAAGAGGGCCCUAGCCGAACUUCCCUCUUCGGAUGUCGGAAAUGCCAAGCUUUGGGCCUGGAAGCAGAAGGAGAUCAAGGCGCUGAAUAGUGAUGGCACUGUAGGUCUUGCGCAACCCGAGCCUCUCAUCUCUGGCUACUACGUGCCCAACGCGACUGGCUGUGCCCGUACAGAGGGUGUCAAAAAGAUCUUGAACGAGGAGAAGUCUAAGUACCUUCCCCAUCGUAUCAAGGUCCAAAGGGCGCGAGAGGAACGCCAAGCGCAGGCCAAAGCGAAUCCGACUGCUGCAGCUGAGGCUGCGAAGAUUGCAGCUGCCGACAAGAUUGCCAGUACGGCUACGUCUCGCAGCAAUCGUGUCAACAACCGCCGUCUCGUCAACGACAUCAACCUUCAGAAGCAGACGCUCGCUACCACAAACAGUGAUGCCGAUGUCGCGAUCCGAUUUAACCAACUCAAGAAGCGGAAAAAGCUCGUCAAGUUCGAUCGUUCUGCCAUCCACGGUUGGGGCCUGUAUGCCGAAGAGAACAUCGCCGUCAAUGACCUGAUCAUUGAAUACGUUGGUGAGAAGGUGCGUCAAAAGGUUGCCGACAUGCGCGAGAUCAAGUACGAGAAGCAAGGCGUCGGUUCCUCGUAUCUGUUCCGGAUGAUGGACGACGAGAUCGUCGAUGCGACCAAGAAGGGCGGCAUUGCACGUUUCAUCAACCACUCCUGCAAUCCGAACUGCACGGCCAAGAUCAUCAAGGUCGAGGGCACGCCGAGAAUCGUCAUUUAUGCCAUGAAGGACAUCAUGAAGAGUGAGUACCCACCGAACAACGAUGACGGCAAUGGAAAAAAGAUGCUGACCGCUUUGACACAGACGAAGAACUUACGUACGACUACAAGUUUGAACGCGAAAUCGGCUCCACGGACCGGAUUCCUUGUCUGUGCGGUUCUGCGAACUGCAAGGGCUUUUUGAACUAG